AUGUCAAGUGAGCUCCCCUGCAAAUGUGAUCCAGAAAGUGGUGCUAAUCCUGACACUUUGACCAGAAAUGUGGAGCUUGUACAAUCUGACCUGCGGAACCUGCAUGAUACGGUCGACAUCAUUUGCCAACACUUGGAUCUCAGCCGGCCAAAGACGCUUGUAGUCGACCGUGGAAAGGAUAGAGAGAACAUCCCAGUAAGCGGAGAGCCCGACCGUGAAGAAAGUGAAGGGUGCGAAGUAUCACCACCCGAUUCGCCUUCUGCCGUCCAUGCUCCCAUUGACACCUUUCUCGAUAUCGCCAAGUUCGGAAGUCCCAAAUCCGUCGAGUCGCCACCUGGACGUCGCGCUAGUCGUGCGACUCACGGAGAUGAUCUGAUCACCAAGGGCAUUGUGUCUCUCGCAGUCGCCGAGCAGCUGUUACAUCGCUACUUUUCGCGUCUUGACCAUUACCUGUACGGAAUAUGUAGUGAACAUCAUGACCUACACCAGCUACGCACCACAUCUCCUAUCCUCCUUGCUGCUAUCUGCACCGUGUCAGCCCUACAUGACCCCUAG